AUGAACAAGCUAAAACCCAACUUCUUCCGCUAUCCAAAACCGCUGCCGCGAACCACAUUGGUACCCACCGCCACAAGAUCAUUAAAUGCCAUUAUCAAUAGUCUCUCCGCCCAAGGCUUCCACCGUGAAGUUGUUCUUACCUUCAUCUCCGUGCUCAAACCCCCCACCACUCCUCCAGACGGCUUCACGUACCCUCCGCUUCUCAAAGCUUGCACAUCGCUUAACUUCUUCUCUCUCGGCCUCUCACUCCACCAACAAACUAUUGUUAAUGGGUUGUCUGAGGACCCCUACAUUUCCUCCUCGUUGAUCAAUUUCCAUGCAAAAUUCAUGAAUACCCGUUAUGCUCAAAAGGUGUUUGAUAUGAUGCCUCGUAGAAAUAUCGUCCCAUGGACUGCAAUCAUUGGGUGUUAUUCACGUGGUGCUGAUGUGAAAAAUGCAUUCUUUAUGUAUAAUUCUAUGCAGAAUGAAGGGAUUCAACCCAGUUCAGUAACCAUUUUGACUCUGCUCUCUGGGGUUUCUGACAAUGCCCACACGGAUGUUUUGCACUGUUGCAUAAUUAAAACUGGUUUUCAGUGUGAUAUAAUUUUGAUGAAUUGUAUGUUGAGUGUGUAUGCUAAGUGUGGAAGAGUAGGAGAUGCCAGGAAGUUAUUUGAAUCAUUGAACGACAAAGAUAUUGUUUCUUGGAAUAGCUUGAUUAAUGCCUAUUCAGCGGUAGGGAAUGUUAGCGAAGUCUUAAAUCUUUUGUACAGAAUGAAGGAUGAAAAUCUUGUGCCUGAUCAGCAAACCUUUGCAUCAUUGAUCUCUGCAGUUGCGAGAGAGGGUAGUGUUGAAGUGGGAAGAAUUGUGCAUGGACAGAUAGUAACGUCUGGAUUUCAAUUAGAUAAACAUGUUGAAACGUCGCUUAUGGUUAUGUACUCAAGAUGUGGGAAUAUGAAUGAUUCUUUACAGGUUUUCAACAAGGCAUGUGAUAAGGAUGCGGUGUUGUGGACAGCGAUGAUCUCAGGACUUGUACAGAAUGACUAUGCAGACAAGGCAUUGACAGUGUUUCGAAUGAUGAUGGUCUCGCAUGUGAUUCCAUCAACUGCAACUAUGGCUUGUGUUCUUGCAGCCUGUGGGCAAUCAGGUUCUACCAGACUAGGGACUUCCGUGCAUUGCUACAUGUUAAGGCAGCGAAUGGCAGCAGAUAUUCCUACAUAUAAUUCUCUUCCUGAAGAUGCUGGUAAGUAUGUGCAACUGGCUCACAGCUUUGCUUCAAUGGCCAGAUGGGAUGGGGUGGGAGAAGCUUGGCUCCAAAUGAGAUCUCUUGGCCUGAGGAAAACUCCAGGUUGGAGUUUUAUUGAAAUGCAUGGCACAAUAACCACGUUUUUCUCACCCCACAGUUCACAUCCUCAAUAUGCAGAAAUAGUUUCGGUUUUGAGAAAUCUGACCUGUGGGAUUAGGCAAUUGGUAUUAACUUCAGAACAAGAAGAUUUUUUGUUUGAUUCUGAUGUGCUCUAA